CGCUCCGGCGUGAUCUCGGGGGCCUGGGGCCCCGCGCGGCGGGCUCGCCAGCUUUUUCCCGCCCGCUCGCCCGCCCGCCAGCCGAGUCCUCCGUCCCCUGGCGGGAUCUCUAGCUUCACCCGGUGGAGGUUAAGAACAGCGGAGGCUGGCCUUUGGGGCGGGGGUGGGGGGCACGAAAGGGCCAUGAGAAUUUCUGGACUCGUGAAGCAGAAGUGCUGCUCCUAGGGUUUACGAGGGGCGAAGGGGGAACAGCGAGUUCAGGGAUGUGGAGUGAUGAUAAUUUCCCCAAGGCCUCCCUGUGUGCCAGGCACUGUGCGGAGCAGCUUGUGUGUGUCUUUACUGCCGAUGAGGCAGGCACGGUGGUUUCCCUCCGUUUUCAGCGGACUCGAAGGCCCGGAGGUGGAGGGACACGGUCACAGGCGUCCAGACCCUAAGGGGCAGGUUGAAUUGACCAAAGCAAUGGUUAUGGAGAAGCGUAGUCCCCUGCUGGUCGGGCGGGAAUUUGUGAGACAGUAUUACACACUGCUGAACCAGGCCCCAGACAUGCUGCACAGAUUUUAUGGAAAGAACUCUUCGUAUGUCCAUGGGGGAUUGGAUUCAAAUGGAAAGCCAGCAGAUGCAGUCUAUGGACAGAAGGAAAUCCAUAGGAAAGUGAUGUCACAAAACGUCACCAAUUGCCACACUAAGAUCCGCCAUGUCGAUGCUCAUGCCACUCUGAAUGAUGGUGUGGUGGUCCAGGUGAUGGGCUUGCUCUCUAACAACAACCAGGCUUUGAGGAGAUUCAUGCAGACCUUUGUCCUUGCUCCUGAGGGCUCUGUUGCAAAUAAGUUCUAUGUUCACAAUGAUAUCUUCAGAUACUAAGAUGAAGUCUUUGGUGGCUUUGUCACUGAGCCUCAGGAGGAAUCUGAAGAAGAAGUAGAGGAACCUGAAGAAAGACAGCAGACACCUGAGGUGGUACCUGAUGAUUCUGGAACUUUCUAUGACCAGACUGUCAGCAAUGACUUAGAAGAACAUUUAGAAGAACCCGUUGCUGAACCAGAGCCUGAUCCUGAACCAGAACCGGAGCAAGAACCUGUAUCAGAAGUCCAAGAGGAAAAGUCUGAGCCAGUAUUGGAAGAAACUGCUCCUGAGGAUGCUCAGAAGAGUUCUUCUCCAGCGCCUGCAGACAUAGCCCAGACAGUGCAGGAGGACUUGAGAACCUUUUCAUGGGCAUCUGUGACCAGUAAGAACCUUCCACCCAGUGGAGCUGUUCCAGUUACUGGGAUACCACCUCAUGUUGUUAAAGUACCAGCUUCACAGCCUCGUCCGGAGUCUAAGCCUGAGUCUCAGAUUCCACCGCAGAGGCCUCAGAGAGAUCAAAGGGUGCAAGAACAGCGAAUAAGUGUUCCUCCCCAGAGGGGACCUAGACCAGUCCGUGAGGCUGGUGAGCAAGGUGAUGUUGAACCCCGAAGAAUUGUGAGACAUCCUGACAGUCACCAGCUCUUCAUUGGCAACCUGCCUCAUGAGGUGGACAAAUCAGAGCUUAAAGAUUUUUUUCAAAGUUAUGGGAAUGUAGUGGAGCUGCGUAUUAACAGUGGUGGGAAAUUACCCAAUUUUGGGUUUGUUGUGUUUGAUGAUUCUGAGCCUGUUCUGAAGGUGCUUAGCAGCAGGCCCAUCAUGUUCAGAGGUGAGGUCCGCCUGAAUGUGGAAGAAAAGAAGACUCGAGCCUCCCGGGAAGGGGACCGCCGAGAUAACCGCCUGCGGGGACCUGGAGGCCCUCGAGGUGGGCUGGGUGGUGGGAUGAGAGGCCCACCCCGUGGAGGCAUGGUGCAGAAACCAGGAUUUGGAGUGGGAAGGAGCAUUGCUCCGAGGCAGUGAUUUGUUCUUCACCGAUCUUCAGACAACAGUACAAACCCUAGCUCCCACAGAAUGGUGAAGUUCUUCAGCCAGCCUUUGGUAUCUUGGAAUAUGACCUUAGUCUAUUCAUAAACUGCUUAAGUUUGUACAAUUUUACUUUUUGUGUUAAUGGUGUGUGCUCCUUCCCCAACUCUCUCCUCUCACCUUUUAGUCCUUCACUUCCAAUUUUGUGGAAUGAUAUUUUAGGAAAAAUGGAUUUUUAAAGAAGAAAAAAAGAGACUGAAUUUCCUUGCUUUAUUUGCAUAUACAGACUGGAUUUUUUUUUUUAACAGUUUCCCCAAAGAAAUGUGUCUCACUUAUUACUGACAUUUGGUAUGUUUCAUUCAUUGGAAUAUUUCUUACUUAUUUUCUACCUGUUUCAAAAGCCUCUGAGAAUUACAGGAUAUGAUAAACAUUUUGAAGGCAGGAAAAA